CAAGAGAUAUCUAUUCAUUUGGCAUAAUUAUGUGGGAAAUCUCAACGGGUGAAGAAGUUUUCAAUGAUUACGAAUUUAACGAUGAUUUAGCAAUGAAGAUUGGUUUUGGAUUGCGACCGGAAUUCGCACCCGGGACUCCAGAAUGUUACGUUGAAUUAGCUAAGAAAUGUAUGGACUCUGAUCCAAAAAAACGACCUACUGCUACAUAUAUUAAUGC